GGUAACAAGCGAGAGAAAUGUUGUAUCUUGUUGGUCUUGGUUUAGGAGAUGCCAAGGAUAUCACGGUUAAGGGACUAGAAAUCGUUAAAAAGGCAGACUACGUCUUUCUGGAAGCAUAUACCUCCAUCCUUUGUGUGGGAAAGGAAGUGUUGGAAGAAUUUUAUGGAUGCAAAAUCGAGUUAGCUGAUAGGGAAACUGUGGAACAAAAUUCUGAUCUUCUUUUGGAGCAUGCUAAGGACAAAGAUGUGGCUUUCUUGGUUGUUGGAGAUCCAUUUGGGGCUACUACUCACGCAGACCUCGUGUUGCGAGCAUGUCAAAUGAACAUUCCUUACCAAGUCAUUCAUAAUGCUUCCAUUAUGAAUGCAGUUGGAUGCUGCGGUCUUCAGGUAGUUAUUAAUUUUGCUAUAGUGUAACUUUGCUAUGAGUAGUUUGACCAUGGAAAUCAUUUUAUCGUGAAGAUUUACCUUUUGUCCCUUUUCUGGAGGGGAAAGGCAAUUGUCAUGCAUUUUGUGUUCUCCAGAACUUUCAGUCUAGU